CCCAUUUUCGUUUUAUUUCGUUCUCGUCCCUCGCUUCGUCGUCGUCGUCGUCGUCGUCGUUUUCGCCUCUCUCGUGGGCUCUUUGGGGGAAUCGGUGCAUCGUCUCCUACUCUACUCUUUGCUAAUGGAGUCUUGUCCCUCGGUUAAAAACGUUCUACUCCUCGACUCAGAAGGGAAGCGUGUAGCUGUCAAAUACUACACAGAUGAUUGGCCAUCGCAUGCUGCGAAGUUAGCAUUUGAGAAGUCUGUCUUUACCAAGACUGAGAAAACAAAUGCUCGGACAGAAGCAGAAAUAGUGAUGUUUGAUGGAUACAUUGUAGUCUACAAGUUCAUUCAGGAUCUACAUUUUUUUGUCACGGGAGGAGACAACGAGAAUGAGCUUAUUUUAGCUACAGUUCUCCAGGGAUUUUUUGAUGCCGUCGACCUUCUUCUCAGAAAUAAUGUAGAUAAAAGGACAGCACUUGAGAACCUGGAUCUGAUCUUUUUAUGCCUCGAUGAAAUUGUUGAUAGAGGGAUUGUUCUAGAAACCGAAGCAAGUGUUAUAGCCGAAAAGGUCGCAUCCCACAGCCUUGAUGGAGCUACAUCCUUUUCUGAGCAGACUAUAUCUCAGGCCCUAGCCACGGCUCGAGAACACUUGGCGAGAUCUCUCCUAAAAUAAUGUGCGUACCAUGUGUGGCACCGCGGGUUGUGCUCUGCGGAAUGUUUGCACUCUGAAGUUCAUUUCUGGUCUGUCUGGGAUGGAUUUGCAGUUUUUGUAGGUUUUGUGGGCAAAAUUGCAUUUGGGAAGUUAAUGAUCUUCUUUUCUCUCUCUUCUUGUUUGUUUUUACCCUAUUCUGGGGGGAAAAAGAACUAGUUUUUACAGACUUUCUUUUGCUUUACUUCCGUGAAAGCUCUUGCGAAGCAAAAUGUAUUAUGGAAUUUGUAGUUAUAGACAUUUCUUAGGUGAUUGUUAAUCUCUGGAUUUGCUCUUGAUAUGUAAUAAUAGCAAGUUGGCGAGUAAAAAAAGGUUGAAUUAUAUAAAA